AGAGCCAUGGACGCGCUGCGCUGCCCCGCUGGUGAGGCCCCCGUGGCGAACCUGAGUGGCGGAGAGAGGAGGCGCGUGGCCCUGUGCCGCCUGCUGUUGCAGGCGCCGGACAUUCUGUUUCUGGACGAGCCCACGAACCAUCUCGACGCAGAGGCAGUGGCAUGGCUGGAGCGAUACUUGGCGGAGUUCAAAGGCACUGUGGUCGCCAUCACUCAUGACAGAUACUUCCUCGAUAAUGUGGCGGGGUGGAUUCUGGAGCUUGACCGCGGGCAGGGCAUUCCCUUUGAGGGCAACUACUCCGCUUGGCUCGAGAACAAGGCGCAGCGCCUGGGGGCGGAGGAGAAGCAGCAAUCGGCGCUGCAGCGGGUUAUGGAGAGGGAGAUGGAGUGGAUUCGACAGAAGGCCAAGGGGCAACAGAAGAAGGGCAAGGCGCGCAUGCGGGCAUAUGAAGAGCUGGUCAUUCAGGCGAGUCAGUAUUCCCGAGAGGAGAGGCUGGAGAGCAUGUUCCUGCCGCCGGGGCCGCGGUUGGGAGAUGUGGUGGUGGAGGCGGAGGGGGUUGCCAAGGCGUUUGGGGAGAGGGUGCUCAUGGAUGGGGUCAACUUCACCCUGCCUCCUGGAGGCAUCGUGGGGGUGAUUGGUGGCAACGGUGCCGGCAAGUCAACUCUCUUCCGCAUGAUUGUGGGUCAGGACAGCCCCAAUGAGGGUUCCCUACGCGUGGGGGAGACGGUGGCGCCGCUCUAUGUCGACCAAUCACGCGAUGCGCUUGAUCCCAACAAGACGGUGUUUGAGGAGAUCACGGGCGGCGCAGACGAGAUCCUGCUGGGCGAGCGGAAGGUGAACAGCCGGGCGUACUGUGCGUGGUACAACUUCAAGGGGGCGGACCAGCAGAAGAAGGUGGGCGUGCUGUCGGGCGGCGAGAGGAACCGCGUGCACCUGGCGCGCAUCAUGCGGCGCGGAGGCAACCUGCUCAUGCUGGACGAACCCACCAACGACCUCGAUGUUGACACGCUCAGGGCGCUGGAGGACGCGAUUCAGGGGUUUGCUGGAUGCGUGAUUGUCAUCUCUCACGACCGGUGGUUCUUGGAUCGCAUUGCCACGCACAUCAUGGCCUUUGAAGGCAACUCCAAGGUGGUUUGGUUUGAAGGCUCGUACAGUGACUACGAGGAGGACAGGAGGAGGCGGCUUGGGAACAAAGAACCAUCACUCCCUGCUAGUUCCCAACUCCCCUGCGCGUCCGCCCUCUCCACUGCUAGAACAGACAUGGCUACGGGCCCCGCCUCCGUACCCGUCAUGAACGAGGCCACGGUUCGACGCGGCCUCAUCCUUAGUGCAGGCGGGGUCGAGGUGGAGGUGUUCGAGGACCAGCUGAAUGCGAUUAGAGAGGCGCCGAAAGGGGAGCUCGACGAGAGCAUGAUGGUCGCGGGCGUCGUGUGGAUGAAGAAGCAGCUUCGCGCCGAGUACGCGAUGACCCACCAGGCUCUGACCGAGGACGACCAAGAAGUGUUGAAGGUGAUGGACCUUCGUCUGGAGUUGAACGAGGAUUUCGACCAUCUGCUGUUUUCGAGAAAGAUCGACCAGCUGGCGGAGGGAGCAAGUGUGGGAGGGGGUGCCGACCACGAGGGAGGAGGCGAGAAGACGGGACGCGUCGUGAUUGAGUACAGCAUCGAGGAGGAGGAGGAGGAGAUCGAGGAGGAUACAUCGAGGCAGGCUCAGCACGGGGCGAGCGGCCCGGGCGGCGAUGCGAACCAGGACGAGGACUCGAGCUCGGAAUCGAGCCCCGGCUCGAGCUCGAGCGAUGAGUCGGUCGAGGACGACGGCGAGGGCGCCGGACAUCGAACGGAGCGUACGGGGGAGCACGGAGUGGCGCUCGGGGAGCGGGUGGACGAGCGAGUAGAGCUUAUCGAGCAGCAGACGACAGGGGAAACAAAGACUGUCGAGGAGCAGGAGGGCGGAGCGGCUGCGCAGGAGGGUGGGGUCGGAGGGCAGCAGCAGGUGGUGGGCGAGGUGGCUGCGCAGGAGGGCGGGGCAGGAGGGCAGCAGCAGGAGGGCGUGGCGGCUGCGCAGGUGGGUGGGGCAGGAGUGCAGCAGCAAGAGUUUAGGGUUGCGGCUGCGCGGGUGAGUGGGUCGGGAGGGCAGGAGCAGGAGGUCAGGGAGGCUGUUGAGGAGUAUCGUCGAGGAGAUGAGCGACAGGCCACCGUAACAAGGAGUCACCGCACGGCCAGUGGCAGCGGACAGGCGGGCCCUUCGACCGGGUGGCCUUCGACGGCAGGCCAAUCGACGGCGAACGUUGCACCCGGAGGCCAGGUCGUCGAGCUACUGCAGAGGGUCGAGAAGGUCGAGGCGUCGCAGAAGCAGCUCGUCGCCGAUGUAUUUGCGAAACACACUGAGCAAGCCGGAGUAUUCAACAGGCUUGCGGCGGAUUUUCGGACGGCGUGGAAUACGAUUUCGGAGUCGUCGAAGAGCACACUGUCGCAGUGUGCCGAGGCUGUGAAGGGUGUCACGGCGGAGAGGAACCUGUUGGAAGGGGCGCGGGCGAAGAUCGACGAGAUGAGCGGGAAGAUCAUCGAGGGGGUGGUAGCCGCCAUCACAAAAGCGAGCGAGGACGCCGUCGAGAAGCAGCUCAAGCAGGUCGAGGAGCGGCUGGUUGCUGCGGUGCUGAAGGGUUUCGAGAAAGCCAUCAUGGAGGACAUGUUUUGCUCCACUCUCCCACCCGAGACCAUGAAGGAGCUGAAGGACAUUGUGAGGGAAGGAUACCAAGAAGCCGAAGCAGGGAGGUUGGAAGUCCUCACCGAAGCGAUGGCGAGAGGUUUUCAGCGCUCGGCGGGCCCGUCGACGAGGUCGCGUCAGGAGGGUGUGGGAGGGGUUCGCAGCGGGGCUGAGCCUCGAGGUCACGAGCGGUCGGUUCCUCCGUCUUCUUCGGUGGGAGGACAUGUCGGCAGCCCGGUUGGAUCCCCACCGGCGCGUGGCCGUCAUCCCGUCGCCAAGCCCGUCCCCGAAGUCAUCGUACUCGACCAGUCAGCCCUCCCGAAGACCUCCGUAGCGGCUCCGAUCGAUCAACCUGAUGCGUUUGCUUCGAUGCGGGACAUGCUGCAAGACCUGGGGAAAACGGGUGGGAAAGGAGUGGUCGCGGGGGAGAAAAGUGGUGCCCCGAACGAGCACGUCGCCUCGACCGGGAACAGAGCCCUAGGAAUGCGAGGUGCCUCUACCCCGUCAGGCGGCGGUGCAGGGAAAGGAGCGGGAGAAGCAAGCGCUGGGUUGCUGUCGAAGCCUAAAGCGGCAUCAGCUGCGCACGGCGGUGGUGCUGGCCUUGCUGCCGGGCUUGUGGGAAAUUGGGCGUCUUCCUCAACCCCUCCAGUUGCUCCUUUCGCCGCUGCUCCGUCCCUAGGCAACGUUUGCCUUAGCGAUCCGGGCUCCCCUUCAAAGUCGAAGAAGAAGCCGGCUGCGACGAAGUCGUCGAAGCGCGCUGCACACGCGACAGAGAGCCUUGACGUGGUGGAGCUGGCCAGCGUCCCUGGUCAGGCGCCUGUCGAGAAGACCUCUAUUGUCGUUGCUGCUCGACAGGAAAAGGCGAAGAAGGCCAGGGUCACGGGUCACACCCCACCUCCUCGACCGGACGACCAAGGCAAGACGAGAGGCUGCAAACGUCCCUUCAAAGGACCGGGUUUCGGGUUGCGGAAGGGGAAGCUGGUUUCCGAGCAGACCGUCGGCGGGAGGAAGCGGUUCCUUGGCACAUUUGAAACAGAGAAGGACCAGAAGUUCUGUACGGCCGUCUGCUGGCGCGUGUACUUCCCCGACGUUGUCCUUACGGAGUACGAAGGGUACACGGCGCAGGAUGAGGAGGACUGGAAGGUCUACCUUGAUGCGGCCGCAGAAAUGCCAACCGGCGUUUGGAGCGUGGCGCAAGAACAAGGGGAAUGCCGUUUUGACGAUUACCUGUCGCUGUUGGCGACGGCAAAAAAGGAAGCGAAAGCUGGAACCGAGAGGGGAAUCGCGCUGUGCGUGGCGAUUGGUAAGGUCGCGACGCUUGGCAUGAAGCACGGGAAUCUGAUUUACCCGGUCCCGAAGGGCAUGGCGGCGACACCGCACAUGAUGGCCAUCGCAGCAACUGUGGCGAGCUUGUGGGCGGCCUGCAGGAAGUUGUCGAGGGAGGAUAUUAAGAAGGACGCCCUAGCUGCCGCAAACGGGGCGAUCUACGCCCCGGAGACUGCAAAGAAGGCUUGUGUGGCUGCCAUGUCCGCACUCGUGUCCAUACUUUUGCACGUCGGCAAGACGUUCCCGGCGAAGCAGUGGCCCGAUCACCUGUAUUCGUCGGCUGUCGAAGGUCUCGGCUCGACGGACGCCAUAUUGCUGCAGAUGCUGCGCGUGGCAGCACAGGUCUGUACGCAAUGGUGCUGCUGUCGAGCUGCUGCCCGCUUGCUGGAGGACGCGGGCUAUGGCAGCCUGGCUAUGCCAGAAGAAAAGAGCAAGGCGAAGCAGGGCGUCGAGGAUGCAGCUGAGACGGAAACUAGCGGGCAAGGGGAGUAG